UAGAGUAACACCAUUGGAGCAAAAGUUACACUAUAAUAGAGUUACUCUAUUUUUGUGUAAAUUAUAGAGGAAAAAAUAGAGUUCCAUUGGAGAUGCCCUUAGCCUUGUCACAGAAGAAAACAUGAUGAGUCUUGCGUUGACUACUACCAUACCAAAUCAUUUUGUUAAGAAAACUAAAAUCCUCUUCGGAAAAGAAAAAGCGACCAAUCCAUUUUUGACACGUGGGGUUUAAGGCAUCCCUUUUUUUUUUGUUUUUUGAAACACAGGCAUCCCACUGGAAGCUAUCAAGCAACAAGAUGGAGCUCCAAAGUCCGAUCUAUGCUUUGUUUGGCAACCAAGUAAGUGUAAAAGUCAAAGGUCAAAAUUGACAACCAUUCAUUCACACUGACACGUCAUCUUUUGUCGGAACUUCAGUCAAUAAUUGUUAUAAAAAAAUAAUAUGAUAUUACCACUAACUUUAUUUUACUCAAAAGCAAGAAGCAAGAAGCAAGAUUCGAGUUUAUUUGCUAAGCUGUGUAUAUAAAGAUAUCGCAUUGACGUAUAUGAUGAGAUAUCUCAAACAAACACUAUCCUAAAUGGAGAUGGACUUUAACGAGACUCAGCCAACGGUGGUUCUUUCAUCGCCGCCGGGAAGAAUAUCACUCCGGCCGAUGACUCUUUCCGACGUUGACGACUACAUGGUAUGGGCCACAGACGCUAAAGUAGCACGCUUUUGCUCAUGGGAGCCAUGCACGAGCCGAGAAGAAGCCAUCAAAUACAUAACCGAUUCGGUCUUGACGCACCCUUGGCUCCGAGCCAUCUGUUUAGAGGACGACCGUCCCAUCGGCUACAUCUUGAUCAUGCCGGUCGAUAAGAUUAGGAAAGAGAUAGGUUAUGUGCUAGCGAGAAAGUAUUGGGGAAAAGGGUUCGCUACGGAGGCGGUGAGGCUAGUGACGGCGGAGGUAUUCAAGGAAAUGCCGGAGGUUGAGAGGCUUGAGGCACUAGUAGACGUGGACAAUGUCGGAUCACAAAGGGUUCUUGAAAAAGUUGGGUUUACUAGAGAAGGUGUGAUGAGGAAGUUUAUAGUUAUGAAAGGAAGUGUAAGAGAUAUGGUCAUGUUUAGUUUCUUGCCUACUGAUCCUUUCAAGUAAUUAAUCAAUAAAAAGAUUAUAUAUAUGUUUGACUUUGUGUACGAUUCAUAUGUUGAACAUGAAAUAAACACUCUCUUUCAGUUUUCUUUCUUCUGUUUCCUCUGUAUUUGUGAGCUAAUUGCUACUUAUGUAUUAGUGUCUUUGUCAAAAGAUUCUUCUAAUC